CCCGCACUCUCAUUAUCCCCAUAUCAUCUUCUCCCUUUGAAAACUAUAACUAGUGUUAUGUAUAAAUAGGAUCAACCUUGGACGCCAAAAGCAGCAGCGCAUCAGCUACUAAGAUACCAUCAUGAACUGUCCACAGGAUUGGCCUGAACCUAUUGUUCGAGUACAGUCCCUUUCGGAAAACGGCGUCAUUCCUGACCGGUACAUCAAGCCCAUGGCAGAAAGACCAAGCUCCGACCACCCCACCCACGCAAACAUCCCCAUCAUCGACUUCCAACCCUUGCUUUCAUCUUCAUCGGAUGACAGCGACGUUGCUCUCCGUGCUGCCACACUAGCUAAAAUCUCAGAGGCUUGCAGGGAGUGGGGGUUCUUUCAGAUUGUGAACCACGGCCUCAGUCCGGAACUUAUGGACCGGUCGCAGAAGAUUUGGCGGGACUUUUUCCAUUUGCCGAUGGAGAUGAAGCAGGCUUAUGCAAACUCGCCGAAGACUUAUGAAGGGUAUGGGAGCAGGCUUGGAAUUGAGAAAGGCGCCAUUCUUGAUUGGAGUGACUACUAUUUCCUUCACUUUCUUCCGUUUUGUUUGAAGGACUACAACAAGUGGCCUUCCAUCCCGGACGGCAGGGAAGUGAUAGAUGAGUAUGGGAGGGAAGUAGUGAAGCUGUGCGGGACAUUAUUGAAGGCGUUAUCACUGAACCUAGGAUUAAAGGAAGAUUUUCUUCAAAACAAAUUUGGAGGGCAAGACAUUGGAGCUUGUUUAAGAGUGAAUUUCUACCCUAAAUGCCCUCAACCUGACCUCACUCUUGGUCUCUCAUCACAUUCCGACCCAGGAGGCAUGACUUUACUACUCUGCGAUGAACAUGUCGCCGGUCUUCAAGUCCGGAAAGAUAACAGUUGGAUCACUGUGAAACCGGCUCCCCAUGCUUUUAUCGUCAAUAUCGGAGAUCAAAUUCAGGUUUUGAGUAAUGCAAUGUACAAGAGCGUUGAGCACAGAGUGAUCGUAAAUCCAGCCAAGGAGCGAUUGUCACUGGCAUUCUUCUACAAUCCAAAGAGUGACAUACCCAUCGAGCCGGCAAAAGAGCUUGUCACAGCGGAUAGACCUGCGCUAUAUCCGCCAAAGACAUUUGACGAAUACCGGCUUUACAUAAGAUUGAGGGGUCCGAAGGGAAAAUCCCAAGUCGACUCCUUAAAAUGUCUACGAGGAUAACAGUGAAGCAAUUACUAAAACACGUACUUUCUUUUCUUUUCUGUAAAUCACAUGACGAACACCCAAUCCUUUUGAUUGAAGUAAUUGUACAAGUAGUCAUCUUAAAAGGAUGAGACAGAUGAAUCGGAUUGAGGAAAACAUCAUCGGCAAAGUAUAUAGUGAAAAGUUGAUUAAUUAAAGAUUUAAAGAAUAUUAGUUAUUGUCUUAUUGCAGAGGCUUCAACUUUCUUGUU